AUGCGUGCGAGAGACUUGAGUGGGAUGCAAGAUAACCCAUUGCUAAAGAGAAAGUAUAAGGAUUUAGAAUUUAAGUACUUAUAUUUUAAGUUACAGCAACUAAUUAAUACUAAAGUUAGCUUAAGCUUAAAAUAUGAGCAAUUAAAGACACCUGAGAUCCAUUCAACGUUAAUCAAACCCAUUACACUAAGGAUCGUUGAUAUGGCAGAUUCGUGCUUAUUGCAAAAGAAAGUAGGAAAUGGGAGCGACAGUCACUUCAUGGUGGAGCAGACACCAAGGUUUGAGCCUCAGUUAGAACCUUGUGAUCUGAAGUUAUCAAUUAAUUUAAUUUUUAUAUUAUUAUUGCUAAGAUACGAGUACUUGAUUCAGUCGGAGAAUAACUUGAUUCGGUAUGAGCUACUUAUAACGAAGGCUAAUGUUUGUGAAUUAUUGUCUAUAAGAAUGCUUCGUGAGUAUAAAUCAACGAGUAGAAUAGCCUUAUUAUUUGUUGAACCGAUGUCUACUCAUGACAAAUCGUUUAAUACGCUUGAAUUAAGCGUAUUGACCAAGUCCAAAAAAUUCCUAUCACAACCAAUUAUAAUCCAAACUUUAGAUAAGUUUUACAAUGGAGAGCUUUUAAUGAAAAAAUCUAGAGGGAGCUACUUUGAUUCAGAGGAAAGUACUCUUCUAGACACGAAUGUUGUUAACUACCACUUUAAUAGAGUUUCCAUCAAUAAGGUGUAUACAAGAUCAACUAUUGUACCCAAAUAUCAAUCAUUAGUCAUAAACAUGAAAUUAAUUUUCUUCAUCUUACUUUACUGUGUUAUGAUCUUGAAUUAUAAACAUGAAUUCAAUGAUGGAGUUACAAUGAAAUUUGUUGAAGUUUUAUUCUGGUUAUUUGGACUAACUUUUAAUUUUGAAUUUUUAGUAAGAGUGCUUAAUAUAGAAAUGAAGUACUUGAAAAAAAUCAUAUGGCAUUACGUGGAUUUCGUUCUAAUAAUCCUUAUAGAUGCCUCGUUUAUAUUAAAAUCAACGGCGUUGUACUAUGAUGUUUUCAGUAUCAUAUCAAUUGUUUUAUUGCCAAGGAUAUUGUCAAUCUUCAAUAACUAUGAAUUUUUUAAUAUGAUAAUCCUUAGUGUGAGAAAAAUGCUGUGGAAAUUAUUUGGGUUAUUCUGUCUUUUCCUUUCCCUAAUUAGUGGUUUUUAUUUGAGUUUCAUUUCUUUAACACUCCGCUUGACAAGUUAUGAAGUUGCGUUCAGUAUGCUCAAAGUAUUUUUUGGAUUCACUCCUGCUGUAUGGGAUAAUUGGGAUAAUUAUGGAAACUUGGGAAGGCUGGUUCAAAUGGGAUAUUUGUUUUUGAUUCAAUUUAUCAUAGGAACAAUUCUAGCAAUUGUUUUGAGCGAAGUCUUUUCCAAGAUCAACAUUUCUAACAAGGAGGAGUUCAAUUAUACUAAGACUAUUAAUUUAAUUAUUUACUUCAAAGUUUCCAAGUUGAAUUACGAGCAUUCAUUUUAUGGAACACCAAUUUUGAACAAGGUUUCAAACGUAUUCAAGUUUCCAAUUAUAUUAAUCAUAUACUUUUACGAAAAAAUUGUGUCCCAAGUUUAUUCCAGAAAAAUUAAUAACGUUCAAGACUUGAAGUUUUUCACUUUCUUGAGCAAGGACGACGACUACUAUAAUGAUAAUGACAUGAUAAAUAUUGAUGAUGAUUCGGAUGCAAGUGUUAUUCUUAAGUCUAGAAAGAAUUCUCUCUUUCAAAGAAUAUCUAGUAUUUCAGAGAAUCCGAAAAGCAAUCGAAAUAACAAUGAUUUAGCACCGAUUCAGUCUAUAAGCACUUUAGGUAACAUUAAAAGUGCUUCUACUGAUUCUCUCUUUAUUGAUGAGCUUUUGAGCAAAAAGUAUGGAAAUAACUUACAACAAAAAAGCAAAGCCGAUCACCACACGGCAGGUUUUGAAAGUCGCAGACUCAACUCUAGGUAUCUCAAGAAAAGCAUCUCAUCGUUGAAUAUAAAUAAGCCCAAUAAGAAGGUAGCUAUUACGAAUUGGCAGUUUACAAAAAGGCUCGGCCAUUUGGAAGAGCUAAUGGAACAAUUACUUGUGGCACAAACUACGCUGGAAGCCCUAAGGCGACCUUCAGUAAAUUCAGAAUAUCAAAGUGGAUCAGUAGUGGGAAAUGGAGAUAUUUACAACAUUGCAGAAGCUUCAUUAGAUGAUAUUAAUCUGAUAAAUUCUGAUGAUGACUCUAUUCCACACUCCCAAGAUGACACUUUAAACCUAGACUAUGGUUCUGAUUCUUUCUGA